GUUACUACUGACAGAAUGCCUUUUCUGCUGGUAUUAGAAUAUGUUACAGGGAUAACGUAUCACUGUUUUCAAAUCUUUAAAGUUGCUCUUUGCUUUCAGGGUUGUGCUCGUGUGGGCCUAAGUGCAGGUACAGGAAUAGGUGUCUCAUCUGCCCUGGUCAGCAAUCAGAACUCCAACAAUGACAAUGACAACAACAAUAACCACCAGAAUAAUAACAAUCCCAACAUCCACCACAAUAAUCACCAGGACCCAAAUGAGGAGAAUGAGCUGCAGCAAGAUGGGCAAGCUGAAGAGCAGCAGAUUGCAGCUGAGGCAUUAAAUGAGAUGGAGGAGGUGGCGGCACCAGAAGAAGGGGUGGCUACGGGGCAGGGCCACAACGAUGUCCCUGCUCACAGUCAGGCUGUCAUUCCUAUGGAGGUUGAUGAAGAGCAAGCAGGACCAAGUGGCAUUCAGCCUGUUGUAAAAGCAGCACCUAUUACUGUCCAUGAUUCAGACAGCGAGGAUGAGGAAGAAAACAUGGGAACUUCAAGAGCCUGCAUCACUAACAACAUUGCACAGAAUUACUCAGAUGGAGAGGAGAAAAACAGAGAUCCAGUGGAAAUUAGAGAACCUUCAGUGAGUGGUAAAGGCAAGACACCACUGCGGAAGAGAUGCAGUGCCAGCCAAGUGGGCCAGGCAAAGCAGUUCCAUGCCGAGGAAAGCAGCUGUGAGAAAGGUUGUCAAGUAACAAGUGAGCAGAUUAAAGCUGACAUGAAAGCAGCAAGUGACAUGCCUGAAAGGAACAAAAACAAGGAUUCUUACCCGGGCUGCAGUAAUGCAACAGGAUCAACAGGAACAUCCAACUCCUGCAGUGCUGUUUCUCCUAGCCCUGACUGUGCACAGACAGCUGGUAGCCACUCUGCUGGCACCAGCCCAGCAGCUGCAGAUGAAUCCAGGCAAUGUGUGUGCUCGCCUAGUAAAAGUGAAGGUUCCAGUGAGAGAGAGACUGAGGAGAGCUCUGUUUGUUCCAGGUGUUCCUGCUACAAGCCACAGGACACACAGCGGACUAGUGGGUGUUGUGAUGGGGAAUACCCAUCCACGAGUGGAGCCUGUGGGAACGGACCAAACAGCACUGGAUCAGAUUUUGCACUUAGGACUCUGCCAAACUGUGGGUCUCCAGGAGAGGCAAGUGAUGAGAGGACUAGUGGGAGUGCCUGUGGGCCUGCCAGUGGGGAGGAGAGCGCGGGCUCACAGCAAAGGAGCUGUGAGAUGGAGUAUAAAGAAGAGUAUCCUCGCCGACCACUAACGAGAGCUAGAAGCAAGCUGUCACAUGUCCCUCUGGUGUCAGAGUCAGAGGUGGCCAAGCCAAAGCCACGGCAAACCACAAAGCGGAAAAGGACAGCUGACAAGUCCACAAGCACAAGUGACCCAGUUAUUGAGGAUGAUCAUGUUCAAGUCCUGACUUUGAAAUCCAAAAACCUUGUUGGAAUCACCUUGACCAAUUGUGGAAUUACAGAUUUGGUACUGAAAGACUGCCCCAAAAUGAUGUUCAUACACGCUACAAGGUGCCGUGUGUUGAAGCACUUAAAAGUAGAUAAUGCGCCAGUUGUCAAUCGGUUUGACUACGCCCAGUGCAAGAAGUUAAACAUGGAUCAGGUUCUGGAUCAAAUUCUCAGGAUGCCUCCAGAAAGAAACCGGAUCAUUUAUCUUCGUCCAAUGCAGCAGGUAUGUAGCCAGCUUUGUUUAAUCAUGAACAAUGAUGAAGUUCUACCUGUAUUCUUUCACCUCUCUUGGCUUCAUAUGUUCUUCAAUUAAUGCAAGAAAUGUAGA